CUUGUGUCAAUUGGUCUACAUCGUGAUCAUGACCUUCGAGAUCCGUGAGAGGGGUAAGAGGGAAACGGCCGCAAUCCAUUCUUUGGAUGAAGAUUGAUUUUUCACGUGUCUCCGAGAGAAACAAGCGAAACGCAUGGCUGUCCCUUCUUCUUCCUUUUGAAGAUGAACGUGAUCCACCAAAAGCCCAUUCUGGCUCGACCAGUGGUGCACAUCUUCAGGCCUACAGAGCUGAUCAAACGGGAGGAGCUUGGGUGUCGGGAUUACACUUCCGUACUCUGGAAUCUGGGAAUAACAGGAUACCCAGUCUUGGUGAAAGACACGAUGUCGAAGAUCCUUGGCGGCACACCGACGCCACAUGUUGCUUUUAUGUUAUGCCCAACAAGGCAUCUUUGUUGCUUUUAUGUCCUGCAAUGUUGAAAAGGAUUCUUUAGCUUUAGGGCCUAAAGCUAGAUCAUGAAGAUGCAGGAAGAAACUUUGAGCAGCAAGAAAUACUAGCACUAGAGACUCAUUAAUAUUAUUGUACUUCCCUUAUACAUCAACUAACACUUCUAACUUCCGGCCAAAGCAACGCCGGGAAAAGCACACUGAUCAACGCACUGUUAAACCAACAUGCACUAAACCGAGUUGACGUGAAUUCUCAAAAGCAACCACGGACUUUGUCUAGGGAAAGCUUGAGACGUAGUGCCUAUGAGCCUGAGCUGCAAAUCGGAGAUGAAGAUCCCAAAACAGGGAAGAUUAUCAUGCCUCCACGGGGGUUCGGAGCAAGUAGUAGUUAUGCGAAUGGAGGAAGCCAGAGCCAGUACCAGUCUUCAUCGGCUUCGGCACGAGCUUUCUCCUUCAGUAGCGAGAACCGAUCUUACUUUACGUCCUCGUUCGGUACGACAUGCAAUGUAUUGGAGGAUUCAACUCGAACACCAUCAUCUUCAUCGUCCGCGCCAUCAGUGACAACGCGAUGCCAGCUGAAUUCACGGCGUACGUUUAGUGCACGGCGAUCCUCUACCCUACAGAACAGGCGAAUUAGCGAACAACUAGCGACAUCAAGAGCGAACUUGCAUUUACGAGCAAAAAAUGUGAUACUCAUGGUUUAGCUAAUAUUUUGCCUACUGUACUAGCGAUCAUUAUGAGUAAAAAGAAUAACUCUCAGUUUUUCUAAAAGUACAUCAUCUAAGAUCCCGGCGUCAAUUGAUCGAGCGCAGUAAGCUGAUCGGAGGAGGGAUUCGGCGGGCAGGAUGGUCUUUUCAGACGAAGUUGGCGCGUCAGCGAGGCCUGCGGAAUAUGCAAGUGGAACUGAAGCGGAGGAUAAAGGACACGAAUCGCUUACUAAGACACGAAACAGUAGGCAGCCUGUGCAACACCCUCAAGGACAACAUCAAAAGACAUCUCACAGAACUCAACUUAAUCAAGGAAAGAAACAAAGCUAGGAAAACAGUGGAAGCACUGGGCUCCGUUGGUGCAGCAGGAGGAGACGGAGCAAGCAAAGCGAAGCUGGUGAGGAAGCAUCUGGAUCGAAGCAAAUUGAAAGUAAGCGACGAAGCAAUACGAGCCAAAAAAGCAGCUGUAGUAAUGAAAGACUACAAGUCGGAUCGAGCCUUCACGAAGAAAGUGGGAAAAUUCAUGCUGCAACAAGGUCGCAUCGACAAGACAGUUCGGAAAGAGGCCGAAGCGGAUUGUCCAAAGUUACGCUUCCUGAGUAGGUCAGUAAUUCAAUUUCGUGAUACUAUACUAUUUUCUCAUGAAGCAAGAACUUCAAGACCCCAAAAAAGUGGUUGUAAAGACCCAAUCUUGCAGCAAGAGUCUUGCUCUUCUAACACUGGGAAUGACUUAUUCCGGAAUCACAGAAAACCCUUAUUUCGCAGACGGCAAGCAUAUGCAUAAGAGCGAGUAUAAGAGGAAGAAGGCGGAAGAAAAAUGGAUGCAGAUCUCCGGCGGCACUGGGAUUCAUCCGCACGAUCGCGAGAAUAAUAGAUCGCAUCUGUUGGCCAAUCCAGAGUCAUGUGAAGACGAGUUGCCGACGGGUCCACCAUCCCGAUCAUCUGCGAAAAGGCUCGACUUGCCGUUGCCGUACUCCCUUGAAAAUGAAAGUGGUCGCAUCGAUGAUCGUUCCCGAACUGUGCCAAGGGGCCGAGAACUUUUCAAGGGUUCUGCAUUUGCGCCAGUCAGCAAAACAGCUGGAAGAACACGUCAAUUGUUUCGCUUUGAGCUCGGUGGCCGCUUGACUUUGGUUGUUAUGAGGCACAUGCUGUGAUACAAAGAAGUGCAGCUAUGUCAGAGUAAUCUAUCUGAUCAACGCGUCUACGAGAGAAACCAACAUGAUUAAUUUUUCAAAAAUCCAUUGAUACGUCAUGAAUUUUUCCCACCUUCCCGCUUCAACUUUUCUAACUCCCAUUUACCUGGCUACGGCUUCGCCGGCUCAGCUGGGAAACAGCUGAUGAAAGAUUGGGAGGUCAUGGUCGACAGCUACCUGGAAUACAUGAAGCCAACAGAGAGGUUGAUUAUGGCUUUGUUGUAUCUUGGGAGCUGUUGGUAAAUAUAGUGGUAAAAACUUCCUCCGCUCCACGUUUCAAUCCUGCACCUGAAGUUCCAACGGCAUGAAGGACCCUACCUUCUCCCCUUUGAACAACUACUAAACACGAUUGCUAGCUUAAUACAGUUUCGCACUACCUUUGAUAAUUAUGUGAUCGGCAUCUCCACCCUCUAACCGGCAGCGCAUCAUUUCCUUAAUUGACGUCAGUGUUGGUUUCACGGAUCGAGACGAAGCUUUAUGGGAAGUGGCACUGGAGCAUAGGAUACCGCUCCAAGUCGUGUUGACGAAGUGUGACCAUUGCAGUCCAUGGAAGUUACACAAUGCGAUGGAACAGAUCAUCAACCUCGCAGAACAAGUCCACUGCGCAGAGCUGGAGCAGCAGAAGCAUAAGGCUUCCUCGAAGGUGGAGGACAGGUGGAAGCAGAAUGGAGUUAGGAACGAUUGAUGGAUUUUUGAGUUUUGCUUUUGAUCUUUUGAGGUGUAUAAUUAAAUACUAUGUAUAAUAAACAUGAAUAAUACAACGGUUCAACAUUUACAUUUUACGAUGUCAACAUACGAGUAGAGAAUGCGCAGGAUAUCGUGUUGUAGCAGGGGAUAACAAGUGAAGACCGUGACCGCCUCUUAAACAUCGUGCACUGUCUAAUAAAAGCCCCACCAUCCACACCGAUCAAGACGACUACGGUGACGGCAUUACCUCAGUCAUGCAUCCUUACAUACACGCGGUAUCAGCUUUAGAGAAUAUUGGCAUGGAGGAGUUUCGCCUCUCCUUGGCAAACAUCGCGCGAGAUGAAGAAAACCGAGUCAAGGCGGAACGACUCGCGGGGGCGAUGUGAUUCUAUGCAUUUAGAGAAGAUGGGGGAUUUGGCUAUCAACAUGAUAAGAUAAGUGUCGGCAACAAACACGGAAAUAUAAUGAACUAGCGGUUACUCCUGAAAGAGGUGGAUCGGACCC